CAUUGGGGAGUGAGAGUUGGCAAAGCAAAAGCCAUCGCAAUCUCAUUCUUCAUUCUUCAGCCCACAGAGAGAGUCAUCAAUCUAAACAAAAUUGGGUUCCAAAGGAACAGACGGACAAUCAAAGGAAUAGGAUUUGCAACGAUGCAUGUACUCUAGUACAGAAAUUGUAUAUAUAUAUUGUUGUCAGUGUCACCAACACCAAACUCUCUCUCUCUCUCUCUCUACGCUAAUUAAGGUUCAUUGGGCAUUGGCGGAUUCUAUUUCCUUUUCUCAAUACCCAAUUUGCUUCUUCUUCAUGGAAGCACUCUCCUUCAUCAUCCCCAAAGACUCUUGUUCUCUUCUCCUUCUCACUCCUUCUUCAUAUUCCUCUUCGUCUGUCAGAACUCCGCCGCCGCCACUUGCUUUCUUCAAAACCACCCAACACUCUCACUCGCCUCACCUUCUCCGUCUUCGCGUUUUUGCCCUCCCUAACCCCGACGCCGAUAAACCCACCAACGACUUCGCUUUAGCGUCUCAUCCUCAGGAAAAUUUAAGCCAUUCUGAGACUGAGAGUUCCGAAGAUGAUCAAGAUGCUCCACCACAAAUGGACAUGUCGUGGUCAACGAUCACAGCCCCAGCUGGAAGUGGAUCCGGUGGUGGCACCAGGGCUGGACUUUUCAGAACACCCAUUUCUGGUGGCGUGCAGAGUGCCACCUCAGCUCACGGUUUACCUAGACCGGCUUUAGCAGUACGGAAUUUGAUGGAGCAGGCAAGAUUUGCUCAUUUGUGCACUGUAAUGUCUCGUAUGCACCACCGACGAGAAGGAUAUCCAUUUGGUUCUCUGGUUGAUUUUGCACCAGACUCAACGGGUCAUCCAAUAUUUUCAUUUUCUCCUCUUGCAAUUCACACAAGGAAUUUGUUGGCUGACCCAAGAUGCACACUGGUUGUCCAGAUACCUGGAUGGAGUGGCUUGUCCAAUGCAAGGGUAACUCUUUUUGGGGAUGUCUAUCCACUUCCAGAAGAUCAACAGGAAUGGGCUCAUAAGCAGUAUAUUGCAAAACAUCAACAGGGUCCUUCUCAACAGUGGGGCAACUUCUACUAUUUUAGGAUGCAGAAUAUAAGUGACAUAUAUUUCAUUGGAGGCUUUGGUACUGUUGCUUGGGUGGAUGUAAAGGAAUAUGAAACCCUUCAACCUGAUAAGAUUGCAGUUGAUGGUGGUGAACAGUAUUUAAAGGAACUCAAUGCUAUCUUCUCAAAACCCCUAAAGAAACUUCUAUCUAGUGAGACUGAGGUAGAUGACGCUGCACUCAUAUCUAUAGACAGCAAAGGAACUGAUAUUAGGGUCCGUCAAGGUGCUCAGUUCAACAUUCAGAGGAUAUCAUUUGAUGAAGGGCAGAGUGUAGAAACAUUGGAAGAAGCUAAAGCUGCUCUUCGGAAAUUAAUACACAAAGGAAAAGUGUACAAUUUGCAGAAAUAAGAUGCUGGAUGGGAUGCCCUCUUCUCCUUUUGGCUAUAGAGUAGACCAUAUAUGGAACCAUGCAACUUUCUAAUGGGACCUUUUUAGAAUGGUUAAUUUUAUACUUUUUUGCCUGGUUGACAUGCACCAGAAAGUGUAUUAUAUUCAUGCAUUUGAAAGCAUAUUUUGGUAAGAGUGGGCUUUAUUGUGGGCUAUACCACCAUAGUCAAACUAGAAAUAAUAUAUCAGAACUCAUGAAAUAAUAGUAUGAUUUUUUUCCCUCUAAA